AUUUUAUUUGCUGAGCGAUACAUAUGAUCAGUUAAAAAUGUUUUACUAUGUCAAGCUUGUUUCCAAGGCAUUAUAUUCAUAAGAACUUUAUCAAAGUUCAGAGAUUUAUCGUUUUUGUUGUUGCGAAGUUAUAUAUUUUGUAUACGUAUGUCUAUGUUAGUAUAGAGAAAGAUGGCGUCGACGGUCUGUGUUUCUAGGUGCCGACUCUUUGUAAAAUUAGAAAUAAAUCGUGGAUUGUGUUUAUCAUCUGUUUUUAGGGAUUUGUCAAAUAACAGGGAGUCAUGGUGUCGGAGAUGGCGGCCGCCUCGUCGGUCCUUCUAUACCAGCAUCUGCGCCCACGGAUCCAAAGCGACGCCAACCAAACUUGAACCAGCUGCCACUGACGGUAAAACGAAGUCAGUAGCCAAACGCGCGACUGAAGUAGCCAAAGAAGGAGAGGUGACAGUGACGUACCGGCGCGGGCUGCCGGUGAUCACGGUGCCGCUGCCGUCGCGCCGCGAGCGCUGCCGGUUCACGCUGCGGCCCGUCUCGCAGACCGUCGGCGACCUGCUGGACCAGGUGAAGGCGGAAGACCGCGGGGUGGAGCGCGCGGCCGCGUUGGCUGCCGACGAGCGCGUGCGCAUCGCGGCGAGCGACACCAUCGAGGCGCUGCUCGAGAAUGACUUCCGGCUGCUGAUUAAUGACACGGAGUACUAUGUCAAGACGCCUGCGCAGGAGCGUCUAAGCGCGGAGGAGGUGGCGCGGCUGAGCGACGUGCGUAACCUGGUGAACCAGCUGUACGAGGCGCUGAACGUGCGGGAACACCAGGUCAAGAAGGAGCGGGAGCUGAGGGCGCAGCUCGAGAAGAUCACUACGGAGCUGGAGCCGUUGGAACAGAAACGCCAGUCCCUCGAGGUGGACGCGACGAGGCGCACCUCAGUCCUGACCUGGGUGGGGCUGUCCCUCAUGGGCGUCCAGUUCGGAGUACUAGCCCGACUGACGUGGUGGGAGUACUCGUGGGACAUCAUGGAGCCCGUCACGUACUUCGUCACCUACGGCACGGCCAUGGCUACUUAUGCGUACUUCGUGCUUACUAAGCAGGAGUACGUACUCCCGGAGGUGAAGGACCGGCAGCACCUGCUCGCGCUGCACAAGCGCGCCAAGAAAGUGGGGCUCGACAUCAACCACUACAACACACUCAAAGAUGAGGUGAGCAAACUGGAGAAAGACUUAGCCCGCCUUCGCGACCCCCUCCACAUCCACCUGCCUCCCGCCACGCCGGCCGAGCGCCGCUCCCCGCUCACCAAGAUCAAAGACAUGCUAGAGGAGACCAGCAAGAAGAUGAAGAUCACGUAAUAUUGGCGGUAAACAGCGGCGUGGAAAUGGUGAGGUUGGUAUUGGAUCUGUUGUUAUUCUGAGGAUUAAUUGAGGCGAGAGGCAUUGUUCUGAGGACUCGUGUUGAAUGAAUCGAACACGUGGGCCCGUUGUUAUUCUGAGGACACAUAAAUGGAAUACAGGUUGCUUGUAGGAUUGAGGCUUUAAAAUGGCGUGUGCAUUUAAUUUUGCCCACCUGCAACUGCAUGUGUGUAGUAUAAAGUUAACUAUUAUGCUAUGUUAUCCGCCACAUUAGAAACUCGUCAGAAGUUAUAGCAACAUUUUACAGAUAUGCCAGUUACAAGGGUACUUUGACUUUUAAGUAACAUUUUUUUCACUUGGAGUUACCUAAUGACUAGUCUCCGAUAGGUCUGUAAACGGCAAUGUUAACGACUCCUACAAUCCGUUGCCAUUUGAGACUUGACACUGCUAAGUUACCUGUGACUCUGACCUAUGUUUGAUCCAUUCGAUACGAGCAAUCAAGCAUCCUAUAUUGCAUUAUGUAAUGUCAAAGCAACAAAGUACAAGCUUAAACUAUGACCAAUGUAUUUAAUAUGAUAAUCCACCGCCAUUUUCAUGUUUCCAAUGAACCAGCAUUAUUAAGUUAUUAUUGCUUGACAAGGUCUUAUAUUCUGAUGACAAAAUGUCAUUAUAAAUUAUCUUUAGUUAGUAAAAUCUCGAAAUACUAUAAAUUGCUCUCAUUUCCUUUAAAUAACUUGCGAUCGAGAUAAUAUUAUUACUUAAUAAUUUUGAUAAAUUCAGUUUGGGUUUUUUAUUGGACGGAAAAAACAUAUUAAAUUAAACCAUCUAAUUCACCCUAUAAAUUUCUGUAGAAUUUUUAUGAUAAAAUGUUAAUUGUAAUUAUAAAUUUAUUGCAGCAUCAGAAUUGAGUAGGUAAUGGUUAGUUUUUAUAUAUACUUUUAUUAUAUUAAGAUGAAUUUAAAUUAAUUUAACGAGGAAACAAAUUAAGUAGAUUAAAAUUUUUAUUAUUGAAAAUUACAGUUAGCGAAUUUUUUAGUAAAAUGUUUACGAUUGAAUUAUGUUUUUGCUCAAAUUUCGUUUCCUAAAUACAUAAGGCCUAAAAAACCUAAGGCUUGACUUUAUAUCUACUAUUUGUUCUGUGCCAAUAAAUGGAUAAACAGUAGAUUUGUACCGUUAAGUUAACAACUACAAUAGCAUGUAAUGAUCUAGUCCUUCUUAAUAAAAUAUUGUAAUAUGUACCCCUUAUCAGUAAUAACACAAAGUACAUAGUGUAUCAAUGACGCACCGGAAUAUUUACUAUGUUUUAAAAACUGAAUUGAAAUAAUACUGAAAUAUAAAAAUCAGUAGUAGGUAGUUGUGAAUAAACGUUCCGAUCUAAAAGGUAGGUGCAUAAUGGUUUUUUAUUUCGGGAUGUCAUAAUGACUAUGUUAUUUGCCUAACUUUUUUGUGCAGUACUGUAGACUAUCUGUAUGUAAUGAAUGUAAAAACUGAUAUUUCUAUGCACAAAAAUAUUAGACAAUUUAGAUGAUACCUACAUACAUAGUUCUAAUCAAAAGGUGCUUCUUCUUAGUUUUGUUGAUAUACAUACUUAUCUAUUAAAUAUAGUAUAUUUUCGUGUUGUUUUGUAAAUUUAAGAUGGCCUUUUCUAAUCUAAAACUUGUUCUUAAGAUAGUGUUUUUCGUUUUAUAAUUUUAACUUUGAUAUGUUUACAUCUGCGUUUCAUUAAAAGAAUUUUCUUAUUGA